CGCCACUAAAGUAUGCUUUGGAAUGCGCCACGCGAGAUCUCGGCCAUGCGGGAGGAGGACGCCUUUUGGGUGAGCGCUGAAAGAUGGAAGAAGUGAAGAAGACAGCACCCGGAAUGCGGCGCUCCUCGGUCAUGAUUUGGGGAGCUUUACUCUUCAACUUCAGGCUCGUGGACGCCAAGGAGCACGACCCCCGGUCCUCGUCCAACAUGUCCCCGUCCGACUUUCUGGACUCGCUCAUGGGUCGAACGUCAGGCUACGACGCGCGAAUACGACCCAAUUUUAAAGGUCCACCUGUUAACGUUACCUGCAACAUAUUUAUCAACAGCUUUGGUUCUAUAGCUGAAACUACCAUGGAUUACAGAGUGAACAUCUUCCUGCGGCAGAAGUGGAAUGACCCCCGGCUGGCGUACAGCAAAUACCCAGACUCCUCUCUGGACCUGGACCCGUCCAUGCUGGACUCCAUUUGGAAGCCCGACCUCUUCUUCGCCAACGAGAAGGGCGCCAACUUCCACGACGUCACCACGGACAACAAGCUGCUGAGGAUCUUCAAGAACGGGAACGUGCUCUACAGUAUCAGGUUGACUCUCAUCCUCUCUUGCCCGAUGGAUCUGAAGAACUUCCCCAUGGAUGUCCAAACGUGUACAAUGCAACUGGAGAGUUUCGGCUACACCAUGAACGACCUGAUCUUCGAGUGGCUGGAGAACGGCGCAGUGCAGGUGUCCGACGGUCUGACUCUGCCUCAGUUCAUCAUGAGCGAGGAGAAGGAGCUGGGCUACUGUACCAAGCACUACAACACCGGAAAGUUCACCUGCAUUGAGGUCACAUUCCAUCUGGAGCGUCAGAUGGGCUACUACCUGAUCCAGAUGUACAUCCCCUCCCUCCUCAUCGUCAUCCUCUCGUGGGUGUCCUUUUGGAUCAACAUGGAUGCCGCCCCGGCCCGAGUAGCACUGGGUAUCACCACUGUGCUCACCAUGACCACGCAAAGCUCCGGUUCCAGAACUUCUCUUCCGAAGGUCUCCUAUGUGAAAGCCAUUGAUAUCUGGAUGGCGGUGUGUCUGCUAUUUGUAUUUGCGGCAUUGCUGGAGUACGCCGGGGUUAAUUUCGUCUCCAGGCAACAGAAAGAGUUCCUCCGCUUGAGGCGAAGACAAAGGAAGAAUCACAAGGAUGAAGACGCGCGUGACGGGCGCUUUAAUUUCGCUGGCUACAAUAUGAACCAGUGUCUGCCAACUAAGGACGGCUCAGCUGUUAAGAACGCCGCUCCGGCCCCGAAUCCUCAGCCGUCGCUCCCCAAAGACACCGACAGCAUGAAGAAGAAGUUUGUGGACCAAGCCAAGAGGAUAGACACGAUCUCUCGGGCUGCCUUCCCUCUGGCCUUCCUCAUCUUCAACGUCUUCUACUGGAUCACCUACAAGAUCAUCAGACACGAGGACAUCGACAAAAAGUAAUGACUCGCAGCAUCAUUCUGAUCGGUUCUCAGACUGAGAUAAGAUGAGGAGAAAUGCCAAGUGAUGUUCUUUCAGGGAUAAUGUCCAAUGUUCGGGAAUCCUACAGGGAUGUUCAAGUUGCACGGCUGCAAAUACUGAUUGAGGAAUUUGGGGGAUAAUACGCAAGGUUUAGUAGCAUUCUGGUUAUGGUGGACCAAAUCUUUUCUAACCCGUUUUUGCCUUGAGGACUGUACGAACGACUAUGAAAAGAAAAAAGAAGGAGAAAAAAAAGAUACUACUUAUAAUCCUAUGGUAGCUUACAUUAGUUGGAGCCUCUGGGUCUUCUCCAGUUUUCCAUGGGUUCUUAUCAAAGGAGUUUGUUUUAUAUUGUACACUAUCAAGACACUUCUUUUAAAGAGAAUAUAAAGCGAUAACAAUGUAAUAUAUAUAGAAGAAGCAAAAACACAUGAAAUCAUCUAAUAUUGGUGAUGUGCAUCUCGAAAAUUACAAGGAUCUCCUGACUCAAAGGGGUCUAACCGGAUAAAAAAUGUUUGGAGACACUUCCCCUACCGAGGAGUACAGUUCAGUUCAUCAUGGUAAGAUCUGGUCUACCCUGAUUCGUCUUGUGGCUACGCAUUAGGAUGUAAGCGUUGACGACGUAAAUAGUGUUGACAUCACGACACGAUUCAGAAAGACGAGAAACACAACAGAGUACACAAAGGAGAAGGAUGGAGAGAAUCCAGGAUUUCUUCGAGAUGCAACGAUUCCCUAUUGACCAAUCAGCACCCUGCAAAGUUGGAUCUACCGCACCACUGAACCCUACCAAAAGUGGCAGACUUCUGAACGUCACUGAACUUUACUGCUACUUUGCUGCGUUUCAAAAUUGCUGCCUGGCAAAAAGGUUUUUCUGUCACCGACUGAACUGCUUCAGUCCAGUUCGCUCCAGCGCAACCUUCUGGAUAGACUUUCCUCGACUCCGCACGAACACCUGCUCUAGGAGUUUGCUGUUUUCAUCUGUGGUGAUAGUGGCAAGGCUUCCGCUGCAUGGUUUGUCGAGAGCAAAUAGUUUUGAGAAACUUGCCAUAGAUAGCAUCCAUUGUGCUACGUAUCGGAGCAGUUUGACGGCCACAAAGCUUCUCAAACUAGCGGCGAACUGCAGUCGGGGAUGGAAAAACUUCUUGCCAAGUAACGAUUUGGUCAACUGGUGAGCCAAGGGAAAGGGAAGGAUAUGCUUACAAAAACUGCGGCGUCUAAGCUGUCAAAUGCUGUUGGCCUCAAGUUGUCCACAUUAUACCUAAAAAAAAUGAGAAAAAAAGGAAGUGGACGGUGACUUUUGGAACAUCCUGUAUAAACUAGGGUUUUCACAAAUUUUAUUUUAUAUUUUUUAGAUAGUGCCCUUGACAGUGAGAGUAAAAUACUUAUUCACUGAUCACCAAGCAGGCACACAAUUUCUUUUUGAUUCAUGUGUCCGUGUUAACGUUGUGGCGACGAUGUACAGAUUAUUUUUGUAAGUUCGGCUCCCAGGGAGGAACCAAGUUUCUGUUUUAAAUCUUGAACCGAAAACAUUUAGGAAACCCUGACAAACCAUUUUACAGUUUCAAAGACAUUGAACAUUUUGAGUGAGUUUGAAUGUGUCAUAGUCCAAGUAAAUAACAAUCUUUUUUGUAGCCUUAAGUCUACUGAACUAUAACUGAAGGAAGGCUUGCGUUAAUAGAAAAAUAAAUGACCUUUCUGUAUGCUUCUCUUGCAACGGCUGUUGGAUGGAGACAUACAGUACUGUACUGAAGACAGCGGCGGCAGUGGGCGGAAGGACGACGCUGAAACUGCCUAACGCUCGUUCUAUAGAACUUCUAAUCGACCUGAGGAACUCUUUUUUUUUUUUUUUUUUUUUGAAUGCUAUUGAAAACGUUUUAUUUAUCAGCCUGAACAUCAAUAAACAU